AUGACGCCUCCUCCUCCCGGACGUGCCGCCCCCAGCGCACCGCGCGCCCGCGUCCUCAGCCCGCCGGCUUGGUCUGGGCUCCUGCUGCGGCUGCUGCUACUGCUCUGGGCAGCCGCCGCCUCCGCCCAAGGCCACCCGAGGAGCGGACCCCGCAUCUCCACUGUCUGGAAAGGACAGGAUCGGGUGGACUUUGGCCAAGCUGAACCGCAUACAGUGCUUUUCCAUGAGCCAGGCAGCUCCUCCGUGUGGGUGGGUGGACGUGGCAAGGUCUACAUCUUCGACUUCCCGGAAGGCAAGAACGCCUCUGUGCGCACGGUGAGCGUCAACUCCACGAAGGGGGCCUGCCUGGACAAGCAGGACUGUGAGAACUACAUCACGCUCCUGGAGAGGCGGAGUGAGGGGCUGCUAGUCUGUGGCACCAAUGCCCGACGUCCUAGCUGCUGGACCUUGGUGAAUGACACUGCAAUGUCACUUGGCGAGAUGAGAGGCUAUGCUCCCUUCAGCCCAGAUGAGAACUCCUUGGUUCUGUUUGAAGGGGACGAGGUAUAUUCCACCAUCCGGAAGCAGGAGUACAAUGGGAAGAUCCCUCGGUUCCGCCGCAUCCGGGGCGAGAAUGAACUGUACACCAGUGACACUGUCAUGCAGAACCCACAGUUCAUUAAGGCCACCAUUGUGCACCAAGACCAGGCCUAUGAUGACAAGAUCUACUACUUCUUCCGGGAGGACAAUCCUGACAAGAACCCUGAGGCUCCUCUUAAUGUGUCCCGUGUGGCCCAGCUGUGCAGGGGGGACCAGGGUGGUGAAAGCUCACUGUCGGUCUCCAAGUGGAACACCUUCCUGAAAGCCAUGCUGGUGUGCAGCGAUGUGGCUACCAACAAGAACUUCAAUAGGUUGCAAGAUGUCUUCCUCCUCCCUGAUCCCAGUGGCCAGUGGAGGGACACUAGGGUCUAUGGAGUUUUCUCCAACCCCUGGAACUACUCAGCUGUCUGUGUGUAUUCUCUUGGUGACAUUGACAAGGUCUUCCGUACCUCCUCACUCAAAGGCUACCACAUGGGCCUUCCCAACCCUCGACCUGGCAAGUGCCUCCCAGACCAGCAGCCAAUACCCACAGAAACCUUCCAGGUGGCUGAUAGUCACCCUGAAGUAGCACAGAGGGUGGAACCCAUGGGGCCACUGAAGACGCCGUUGUUCCAUUCUAAGUACCACUACCAGAAAGUGGUGGUCCACCGUAUGCACGCCAGUCAUGGGGAGCCCUUCAAUGUGCUUUACCUGACCACAGACAGGGGUACCAUUCACAAGGUGGUGGAAUCAGGGGAGCGGGAACACAAUCUCGUCUUCAACAUCAUGGAAAUCCAGCCCUUCCACCAUGCGGCUGCCAUCCAGGCCAUAUCGCUGGACACUGAGCGGCGGAAACUGUACGUGAGCUCCCAGUGGGAAGUAAUCCAGGUACCCCUGGACCUGUGUGAAGUCUACGGCGGGGGCUGCCACGGCUGCCUCAUGUCCCGAGACCCCUACUGUGGCUGGGACCAGGACCGCUGUGUGUCCAUCUACAACUCCCAGCGGCCGGUGUUGCAGGCCAUUAAUCCAAUGGAACCACACAAAGAAUGUCCCAGCCCCAAACCAGACGAGGCCCCGCUGCAGAAGGUGUCCCUGGCCCGGAACUCUCGCUACUACCUAAGCUGCCCCAUGGAGUCCCGCCAUGCCACCUACUCAUGGCGCCACGAGGAGAACAUAGAACAGAGCUGUGAGCCUGGCCACCAGAGCCCUAGUUGCAUUCUCUUCAUCGAGAACCUCACGGCCCGUCAGUAUGGCCACUACCGCUGUGAGGCCCAGGAGGGCUCCUACCUCCGUGAGGCUCAGCACUGGGAGCUGGUACCCGAGGACCGAGCCCUGGCAGAGCAGCUGAUGGGUCGUGCCCGUGCCCUGGCCGCCCCCUUCUGGCUGGGGGUCCUACCCACGCUCGCUCUUGGCCUUCUGGUCCACUAGAGCCUCCAAUGGCUGAGUACGCCCCAGGCUUCCCCAGCCCUGGGGCACUAGAAAAGUCUCCUGCUCAGAGCCGGCUGGCCCGGGAGCGCCUUGCCUGCUGUUUCUUCCAGGAGGACUGAACAACCCAGUGAGGGAUAAAAGGCCUGGAGACGUCCAGCCGCGGGCGGCUGCUGGGCCCAGGUAGGGUGGGGGCGGUGGGGGGGACCAGAGAUUGAAGGUGCUGACUGUGACGCUGGAGCAUCAGUGACUCAAGAUUUGAUCUCCUGGAGAAUAUUUUUCAAAAACUCCUCACACUUGACUGAAUGCAAUGCAGUUCCUGGCUUGAGAGCCCCUGGGCCAGGCAGUGGGGUUUGGGAAGGGCAGGACCACAUGUUUGGACCUUGGGGCUGAGUGAGGCCUGAGUCCUCCAGGACUCUCUGUACCCAACUGCCUCCUUCCCCUCCCUCCCUCCCUGCCCCAUGGCUGGGUGGCCAGUGUCUCCACAGACCCAGGGCUGCCCAGCCUGCCCUCUACAGGUCCCUCACAGCCUGGGUCCCACCAGACAGCGCCUUGCAUGUUUAUUGAAGGAUGUUUGCUUUCCGGACGGAAGGACGGAAAAAGCUCUAUUUUUAUGUUAGGCUUAUUUCAUGUAUAGCUACUUCCGACUGCAUCUGUAUGAAAUACCAAAACU